AUAUUUUGACUGUGGGACCCGCCUUUAAAAUCAUGUGUCUCGCCACAUCAUCUCCGACCAUGCAAGUGGGAGCACCGUCUGAGAACUUUAAGAUGCUUACCACGUUUCGCCAGCUAAAGCAAUCGCGGGCCAUGAACCACCACCGAAGCCCUCCGGACGGCGGCGGCACAAGGAAGCCGGAUAUGUUCCCGUCGCCUCACCAGCAGGUGCCCUCCCCGCUGGGCCUGAUGCGAUACGGGUCGGCGCCGGGGACCUUCCUCUCCGGCGUCGCCGAUUCGGUCAUCGGGGGAGAAGCGGCAGCGGGCUUCACGAGGAGGCUGUUCCCGGGCGAGUCCCCGUCGCCGGCGUCGGAGUCGAGCUGUAAGUCGGCCGCCUCCGCCGCGGCCCCUUCGUCGCGGGACCUCGAGCACUGCAGGGGCCGAAAGGCAGCGCCGUCCAUGGUCACCGAUCCGUCGUCGAGCUGCCCCAAGGGCGGCGACGGUAAUCUCCUGCUGAGGCACAGCAGCUCCCCCGCCGACUUCUUCUCCCAUCUCAUGCUCGACAACGGUUUUUCGGCACUAAGGGAUAUCAGGAGCUUCUCCCGACCUGGAAUAGGAGGUGUCAAUGAAAUGGCAAGCAGAAGACUGAAAUCACAGCUGAGCUUCUCUGGAACAGGCCAACCAUCUCAAGUUUCUCAAAUCGGCAUUCCAGAGAUAGGAGACAAUGUAGGUUGCAGCAACAAUUCUGAUGUUAGAUCAGGAAGUGUCAGCCAAUCUUACAUCUCCAGCAACUUUUCAAUUGGUUCAUGGGAUGAUACCAAUUCAAUCAUUUUUUCUGCACCUUCAAGCAAACGGGCCAAGGAUAACAAUGGGGAUAUUAUAACCAUGAGCAAUAUUGAGUCUCAGUGUAGCUUACCAAGUACAACUCUUGAGAUGGAUACAAUGGAUAAGUAUCUACAGUUCCAGCAUGACCAGGUUCCAUUCAAAGUCCGAGCUAAGCGUGGAUGCGCCACACAUCCCAGGAGUAUUUCCGAAAGGGAAAGGAGAACAAGAAUUAGUGAGAAAUUGAAAAGCCUACAAGAUCUCGUGCCAAACAUGGACAAGCAAACAAGCACUGCAGACAUGUUGGACUUGGCUAUCGAGCACAUCAAAGAGUUGCAGAGCCAACUUCAGAUGGAAAGCCUGUUACAAGUGACUUGAUAUGGUCAAUUCAAUUCACAUGGACGAACAACGUAUGCUUCUACUAUUUUCAUUGAGCAAGCAGUAGCAUAAAUUUUCUCCCUCAUUCCAUAAUUAACAAUGUAUUUUUAUAAUCUUUUUAUAUAAGUAGAACUAGGCUAUUUAUUUGAACAGAAUACAUUAUGAAUAAGUCAAAUUAAGAGUGAAACUUAACAGUGUUUUGUUAUACCAUGUCAAAAUAGAGACCGAUAAAUAUUAUGACAAUCUGGCUAGUUAUGUUGUUUCAUUGAAUAGCAUCUGUUCUUCCAAAUAUUCUUGCGCUGGUCAGAUUAUGGUGAACUGUGCUUACUUGGGGAUCGAAAUUUAAUUUACAUCAGAAAAUUCAUCUCUUGCUAUGCUGCAGAACAAUGGUUGUUAGAAUGCAGCUAUUCACAAUGAUUCUUCUGAUUGGUGAUGUGCUUGAAAAGAAUGGUAGAAGAUCAUUCUUUUGGCACUGUCAUUGGAGCACCAUUUGUCCAUUUAAUGCUGCUAAUGUUAAUGCAUCAACUUGAUUGAUUGAUGUUUUACAUGCACACAGGCAUGUGAAUAAGAUGCAAAUGUAUAUCGAAGUCUCAAAGUUAGAACAAGAAGAAAGAUAACAUGUUAAUAUAUGUAUAUUAAGUUUGUAUUUAUAUCCUAGAAUAAUGAGUAAAAUAUCGACAGUGCAGCCAUAUAUAAAACAAUUCCAAGGUUCGCAAUGAUGUGACCUGCCUUGCUGAGCCGAAUCAUCGUAUGCAUGGUUUCUUGUGUACAUUAUAGCUGGCCUUCAAGAAAGAAGCUUUCGAGGAAAACAUUUUAAUCCCUGCAGAGCUAAGGAAAAGCUAGACAUUUAAAUACAUUGAAUACCUAGAGGAAGGCGAGCUUUUUGAGCACCUUUAGGGAAGACUCAUCCAAAACAAUCAACAUAUUAAUUCUACCAUCCAUAUUCAUUCUUUUCAGCUUAGGGAUAAGCUUCCUGUUUCCAUGGAUUCGAUGCUUGUAAUCUUAUUCUAGCAUUAAUUUU